GGCGCUCGGUCCGGUCGCGUCUGACACCCAGUGGGACAUCGAAGGCAGUGGAGUCCCGGCGGCGGCGGUGGUGGCGGCGGCGGCGGCGGCGGCGCGUGGGGGCGGCGCGCGGGAGAGGCGCGGGCUGGCGCGCGGGGCGAAGAGUAAUCAUGGGCCAGACUGGGAAGAAAUCUGAGAAGGGACCGGUUUGUUGGCGGAAGCGUGUAAAAUCCGAGUACAUGAGACUGAGACAGCUCAAGAGGUUCCGAAGAGCUGAUGAAGUAAAGACUAUGUUUAGCUCCAAUCGUCAGAAAAUUUUGGAAAGAACAGAAACCUUAAACCAGGAAUGGAAGCAGCGAAGGAUCCAGCCUGUGCACAUCAUGACUUCUGUGAGCUCAUUGCGCGGGACUAGGGAGUGUUCAGUGACCAGUGACUUGGAUUUUCCAGCACAAGUCAUCCCAUUAAAGACCCUGAAUGCAGUUGCGUCGGUGCCCAUAAUGUAUUCUUGGUCUCCCUUACAGCAGAAUUUUAUGGUUGAAGAUGAAACUGUCUUACACAACAUUCCUUAUAUGGGGGAUGAAGUGCUAGAUCAGGAUGGCACUUUCAUCGAAGAACUAAUAAAAAAUUACGAUGGGAAAGUGCAUGGAGACAGAGAAUGUGGAUUUAUAAAUGAUGAAAUUUUUGUGGAGUUGGUAAAUGCUCUUGGUCAAUAUAACGAUGAUGACGAUGAUGAUGAUGGCGACGAUCCUGAUGAAAGAGAAGAAAAACAGAAAGAUUUAGAGGACAGUCAAGAUGAUAAAGAAAGUUGCCCACCUCGGAAAUUUCCUGCUGAUAAAAUUUUUGAAGCUAUUUCCUCAAUGUUUCCAGAUAAGGGCACAGCAGAAGAGCUAAAAGAGAAAUAUAAAGAACUCACUGAGCAGCAGCUCCCGGGCGCUCUGCCUCCUGAAUGCACCCCAAACAUAGACGGACCAAAUGCUAAAUCUGUUCAGAGGGAGCAGAGCUUGCAUUCAUUUCAUACGCUUUUCUGUCGGCGGUGUUUUAAGUAUGACUGCUUCCUACAUCCCUUCCAUGCAACACCCAACACUUACAAGCGCAAGAACACGGAAACAGCUCUGGACAACAAGCCUUGCGGAGCACAGUGUUACCAGCACCUGGAGGGAGCUAAGGAGUUUGCUGCUGCCCUCACUGCUGAGAGGAUCAAGACACCACCCAAGCGCCCAGGGGGCCGCAGAAGAGGCCGACUUCCGAAUAACAGUAGCAGACCCAGCACCCCCACCAUCAGUGUGCUGGAGGCAAAGGAUACGGACAGUGACAGGGAAGCCGGGACGGAAACUGGGGGCGAGAACAACGACAAAGAAGAGGAGGAGAAGAAAGAUGAAACUUCCAGCUCCUCUGAAGCAAAUUCUCGCUGUCAAACACCCAUAAAGAUGAAGCCCAAUAUUGAACCUCCUGAGAACGUGGAGUGGAGCGGUGCAGAAGCCUCCAUGUUUCGAGUCCUCAUCGGGACUUACUACGAUAAUUUCUGCGCCAUCGCUAGGCUGAUUGGGACCAAAACAUGCAGACAGGUGUAUGAGUUCAGAGUCAAAGAGUCCAGUGUCAUAGCACCUGUCCCCACUGAGGAUGUGGACACUCCUCCGAGAAAGAAGAAAAGGAAGCACAGGUUGUGGGCUGCGCACUGCAGAAAGAUCCAGCUGAAGAAGGACGGCUCCUCUAACCAUGUUUACAACUAUCAACCCUGUGACCAUCCACGGCAGCCUUGUGACAGUUCGUGCCCUUGUGUGAUAGCACAAAAUUUUUGUGAAAAGUUUUGUCAAUGUAGUUCAGAGUGUCAAAACCGAUUUCCUGGAUGCCGGUGCAAAGCACAGUGCAACACCAAGCAGUGUCCAUGCUACCUGGCUGUCCGAGAGUGUGACCCUGACCUCUGUCUCACGUGUGGAGCUGCUGACCACUGGGACAGUAAGAACGUGUCCUGCAAGAACUGCAGUAUUCAGCGGGGCUCUAAAAAGCACUUACUGCUGGCACCGUCUGAUGUGGCAGGCUGGGGAAUCUUUAUCAAAGAUCCUGUGCAGAAAAAUGAAUUCAUCUCAGAGUACUGUGGAGAGAUCAUCUCUCAGGACGAAGCCGACAGAAGAGGGAAAGUCUACGACAAGUACAUGUGCAGCUUCCUGUUCAACUUGAACAAUGAUUUUGUGGUGGAUGCAACCCGCAAGGGCAACAAAAUUCGUUUUGCUAAUCAUUCAGUAAAUCCAAACUGCUAUGCAAAAGUUAUGAUGGUUAAUGGUGACCACAGGAUAGGGAUCUUUGCUAAGCGAGCCAUCCAGACUGGCGAAGAGCUGUUCUUUGAUUACAGAUACAGCCAGGCUGAUGCCCUGAAGUAUGUGGGCAUCGAAAGAGAAAUGGAAAUCCCCUGACAUCACUACCUCUCCCUCCUCUCGGAAACAGCUGCCUUAGCUUCAGGAACCUGAGUACUGUGGGCGAUUUAGAAAAAGAAAAUGCAGUUUGAAAUUCUGAAUUUGCAAAGUACUGUAACAGUAAUUUAUAGUAAUGAGUUUUAAAAUCAACUUUUUAUUGCCUUCUCACCAGCUGCAAAGUGUUUUGUACCAGUGGAUUUUUGCAAUAAUGCAGUAUGGUACGUUUUUCAACUUUGAAUAAAGAAUACUUGAACUUGUUG